AAAAUCUAAUAUUGGUGAAUACGAACAAUCGGCUCGUAAAUUUUAAAAUAAACAUUAAAAGUUAAUCGUACAAAUAAUUCAUUAAAAAUGGCACAACAAAUGCUUGAUGAAGAAAAAUUAAAAUUAAUCACGGAACUAGAAAUUGAAAUGAUGGCUGAUAUGUACAACCGUAUGACAAGUGCAUGUCACAAAAAAUGUAUACCUCCAAAAUAUAGAGAUGCUGAUUUAGGGAAAGGUGAAUCGGUAUGCUUAGAUCGUUGUGUUGCUAAGUAUUUAGAUGUUCAUGAACGUGUUGGUAAGAAGUUAACAACAUUAUCACAACAAGAUGAGGAAUUGAUGAAGAAAAUGUCUCAAUAAAAUUAAAAAUCGAUUUGUUAACUUUUUUUGUAGUUUAUUGUUUUAAAUCAUAAAAUAAAUUGUAAAAUGUAUUUCUAGAAGUGUAUUUAUUAAUGACAAUGUAUCCUACUGGGCACUGGGACUUAUUAUGACAAAAUUUCAAUCAGUGAACCGUUGAAAUUAAUCGACUAAUUUCUGAAUCGAUUAUUUAAUUUGAUUAAUUUCAAUCAAAAUUAACCAUGACUUAAAUAUGGAAAAUCACUAUUGAAUCUGCAGGAUGUUCAUGAGCUUAUAACAAGAAGUAUUCAGAAAGCUGUUAAACAUUCACUUAUCUUUCCUGAGUACCACAAAAUACGCGAUAAUAUUUUGGGGAAAUUCAUUUCCUUACGACUUCACAUUCUUGAUAUAAAAGAUAAAAUGGUGC